AUGCAAAGGGCAAGCGCCUGCUGGCGACGGCGAGAGCAGCCUGCGCCGCUUGCGUCCGACGGCGGUGGCGGCAGCAGCAGCAGCACCUGCCGCCGCUCCAACCCCAGGAAGCUGCGGUCUGGCUCGGGAGCCUCCUGGGCUUUGCUCCUCUUCCUCCUCGCCUUUGGGGCGAGCGCGUGCAAAGGUGCACCGAUGGCACCCCAUGUUCUACAAGAAGAACCAGAUUUGCAGUUUUCAAGUGAGAUAGAUGAUGUGUGCUCUGCUUACCUGGUCAGGGAUACUCCAUCUCAGUCCUCUAAUACAUUGGAAGACCUUUGCUAUAUGCUUCUUGAACUUCUACACAAAGCUCAGGAGUUAGAUGAAAAAGACAACACCAAAAGAUUCUUAUUCCAUUAUUCUAAGACCCAUGACACAGGCAACUCAGACACUCUGUCGUCUGUCCUGCAUCCUUUGCUGCAACUUGUUCCACAACUGCAUGAGAGGAGACUGAAGAGAUACAAAGCGGACGAAGAACUUCGAAUACCUGGAGGAAUUCAAAGUAGGGGCUACUUUAUCUUCAGGCCACGCAAUGGAAGAAGAUCUGCUACAUUUCGUUAAAAUGGAUUCUUCAGCCUUACACCUAAAAUCAUCACAGGAUUGCAGACAAGAUGGGCAUCCUAUUCUUUAUAUGUAAAAUGCUCUCUCUUUCUUUUUAGAUACUUCAUCCACUAUGUACAUUUCUUACAAUUUAAAAAAUGUAGUGCAAUCCUAUGCAUGUUGACUAACAAGUAAGUUUCAGUGUGUUUAAUGGAGCUUACUCUCAAAUAAGUCAGCAUAGGAUUGCAGCCUAAGGUGCAGUUGUUUCUUUCCGAAGUAUCUUAAAAUAAUUCUGUUUCCUCAUCUCAUGUUCUUUGCAACUAUGUGUGUAAUAAAACUGAAAACAAAAUA